CCGGAAUCAGUCUUAGCAUGUGGAGAGAGUACCUGUUAGAUUAGCAGCCGGUUUUAACACACAUUUAAAGCAGCCCGGUUGCUGAAUAGCUCAUUCGUUUGCUGAGUUAGCUGAUAGAAACCCCGUCAACAUGAGCAGCAUGUCGGUCGACAGCGUGUUUAGGACCCGCUCCCUCGGUGUGGCCGCCGAGGGUCUUCCUGACCAGUAUGCCGACGGCAAAGCAGCGAAAGUAUGGGAGCUGUACAUCGGUGACACGCAGAGCAGGACGCAGGAGUACAAGAGCUGGGUGCUGUCCUUGCUGAGAGAGCAAGGGGUGCGGAGUGUGCUGGACGUAGCCUGCGGAACAGGAGUUGACUCCAUCAUGUUGGUGGAGGAGGGCUUCAAUAUGGUGAGUGUGGAUGCCAGCGACAAAAUGCUCAAGUAUGCACUGAAGUCAAGAUGGGAGAGGAGAAAAGAACCGGCUUUUGACCAGUGGGUGAUUGAAGAGGCAAACUGGCUGACGUUACAAGAGGAUAUUCAGAAACCAGGGGCCGGCUUUGAUGCUGUUAUCUGCCUCGGCAACUCGUUUGCCCACUUACCAGACUUUAAAGGGGACCAGAGUGACCAAAAGUUGGCCCUUCAGAACAUUGCCAGUAUGGUCAGACCAGGAGGGGUCCUCAUCAUUGACCACCGUAACUACGACUACAUCCUGGAGACCGGCCGGGCGCCACAAGGCAAAAAUAUCUACUAUAAGAGCGAUCUAACUCAGGACAUCUCCACUUCAGUGUUGUGGGUCAACAAUAAGCCUCAUAUGAUUACUCUGGACUACACCAUCCAAGUGCCCAAAGCCACCCUCCAUAAUCUUCCUGAAGUCAGUAAAUUCCGUCUGUCCUACUACCCUCAUCGCCUGGAAAGCUUCAAAGCUUUACUCCAAGAGGCCUUCUACGGCAAAAUGGAGCACAACGUCUAUGGAGAUUUCCAGACAUACGUCCCUGGCGAGACCAAGGCCCCGUGCUACUUCAUCCAUGUCUGUAAGAAGACAGCCUAAGAGCCUACCCACCAACACAUGCACACACAACAGUAGCUCUCUGUCCCCCAGAUUUGGACAACAUUCAACUUGAAUGUUUUCAAAAAGAUUGCAUUUUGAAUCUUUUUUUUUCUCCCAGAUAAUUUGUGUCCAGCGUUAAUACAUACGCAUUGCAGUACCAGUAUUAUCAUAAUAUAAGAAAAUCAUUUAUUUGUGUUUUUUUUUAAAUGGUUUGGAAAGUUGUAAUUUGUACAAUUUGCUACAAAUUUUCAUUUUCUCUGACUGUAAAAUGCUGUAAUGUUAAAGCAGAAAAACCUCUUUGGCUUUACGAGGAACAACUCUCUUCUUGUCUUAAAACCCACUGAGUUCCUGAAAGUCUUACAUAGUAACAGUGUAAAAAGUUUCAUCACUGUACGACAUUAUAUCGAUUCUUUGGUCAAUUACACGAUAUUUGCAGAUAUCAUAUAAUUGUGAUAUGUCUUAACACACAAAAACUCACAAAAAGUCUAUUUCACUGAGCUCUUCUUCUUAUUCAAUGACAAGAAUAUAAAAGUGGAUUUUCAAAAUAAAGUCUUAAAGAUGACGAUAUGUAUCAAAAUUUUCACUUUCGGUGAAUUAUAUUUGAUCAUUGAAUCGAUAUAUUGAUGCACCCAAGUAAGAAGGUCAAAGCUGCUUUGAAAAAUAUAUUUUAAAUAUAUUGGACCACUGUUUCGCCCAUAUCUGUUUGUUUUUCCCCCCAAUGUGCUGCUUUUGGAUUUACCUCAGUUCCUCCCUGCUUCUCGCCUUUCUGAACUUUGAUAACCACAAUUUUCAAAAUGGUGUUGUACAUCAGUGAUGUUCCUUGUGAUGGAAAACUUGAUUUUUUUCAGCCAGUAAUGUACAAAGUGCUAAGAUAUAUUCUUAGACAAUCGUAUUUUGUAAGUGUACCGCAAAGGUCUUAAAGACGCAGAUAAAGCAUCUGUGUCGUGUGAAUUCGGUAGCCGUUCUUUAGCUUAUAUCUUUGAACUGGAAAAGCUGAAGUCAUUCUGGUCUACUGCCUUUAGGUUCAGGUAGAUCUGGUACCACAUCAUGAUGCCAGUUACAUUUCAUUAGCUUUAGUUUUGGGGCAGUGCCCUUGUAGCACACCUUGGUGGACAUAACUUUACUUCAAGAUUGUGAGUCACCCUGACACCUUAAAGAGGCCUGGUUAACUAGAACGUGACUGUCAGUCCAAUCAACAAUCCUCCACCCUGAAGUGUCCUUGGCUACCUCACCAAACCCCUCCUGCUCCAGAGCUAAAAGACACCUGACCUCCUGGAAAAAAAAUUAAGAGAUUUUCCGCUAAAGUCUGUUCACGAGAGAACAGCUUAUAUUUGACUGGAAUUUGACUUUUUUUCUUGUAGCAAUUUAGUUUAUUUUUUAUCAGUGGUUUCUAAUUGUAUGGUACAUUUAAGUUUACUUCUUUUGAGCCAAAAACCGUGAGUCUCUACAUGUUCCUGAACUAAUAAUCAUACAUCAGCAGGAGUGAGAGUCAGCCACUAUAAGUCCUAUUGAGGAAUCAUCCAAAUCUACUAACUAGAAUAAUUUUAGGUCUAUUCUGGAAAGCCAGUGAGUCAAACUGAGUGUUCGAAAUGCAAAUAGUUGCAGUAAUAAUUAUACACAUUGUGCGAUCAACCAAAGAUAUUUUAAAAGUGUUUUUUUCUGCUCAAUCUUGCUUCAAAAGUGAAAGAAACUUGAAUGUUAUUGAAUUGUGCACGUCUGAAAUAAUUGAGUUUACCCAAAUAAUGAGCAGAACAUGAUAGGAGAAUAAUUUAAUUUGCUGUAUUGUUCGGGUUCACACACAUUUUGCUUCAACACCAAAUUAAAAAUGUUCUUUACUGGAAUGAGAAAGAAGCUCUACCAGAGAGAAAUCAAAUAUUAUAACUUUCCCUGCUGUUUGCCUAAACAAGAUCACACGGUGCAUUCAAAUGCUGUGCCAGCGCCUCUUGUAGAAGUCAGUGUCGCUACGCAGCAGUUAGUGACUGAGAUCAGCAGUCGGUUCAGAAUGUGGUAAGAAUGGCUGGAUGUUUGAGUGGCUUUAAAAGUUUAUGUAGAGAUAAAUCUAUUUCACAACAGUCUUAUUAUGUUGCCAAGUGUAAACAUUUUAUAAUGAGUGAGGAUUAUUGGAAUUCCUUUGCAUGUAAUAAAGUAUUUGAAAUAAGUAA